AUUGCUUUGAAGCAGGCUGUUUAAAACACAUGCCCAGAUAGCUCGCCGUUUACUACCGAACACUUUGUUGAUAUUUAUUGUUGUCAUCGCAUAUGUACUAAGAGUGGAUCUGAUGUGCUAGAGCCGCGCGUCCGUAAACAUCAAGGAUUACCGCACACACACAAAAGGCACGCUGCUUUAGAGCAACAUGAACGGGUUCGCUACCGAGGAGUUACACCGGGAAACGGCAGCGGAGCUGCCCCCCACGGCUUCUGCGGUGACAUCGGUCACGGGCGUGGGUCCCACUAACGGGCAGUUAUGCUGCCUGAAGGAUGAGGGUGAAAGAUGUAGCCGGCCUGCGGGUAAUGCCAGCUUCAGCAAAAGGAUCCAGAAAAGCAUUGCACAGAAGAAAGUCAAGAUCGACUUGGACAAAACAGCAAGACACCUUUAUAUUUGUGAAUUUCACAAGAGUGUAAUUCAAAGUGUAAGGAACAAAAGAAAAAGAAAAGGUAGCGAGGACGAUGGAGAUGAUUCACCGAUUCAUGAUGCUGAUAUCCCUGAGGUGGAUUUAUUUCAGUUGCAAGUAAACACACUAAGAAGAUACAAGAGGCAUUUUAAGCUGCAAGCACGGCCAGGGCUGAAUAAAGCACAGCUUGUUGAAAUCAUUGGCUGCCAUUUUAAGACUCUUCCGGUGAAUGAAAAGGACACCUUAACCUAUUUCAUCUGCUCGGUAAAGAACGACAAAAACAAAACAGAUCACAAGUCUGAUGGAGGUCUUCAUUAGAGGCUCUCACACGUUGUGAUUUUAUGGACAAUUAAAGGCUUCUGGUGAACUCCACAAGCUUUAUAUCAGAAGAAGAAGAUUGCUUGUAAAUAUAUACGUAUAUGUUAUUUUAGUGCUUUAUGUGGACCUCGUACUGGCUGUAAUCUCAGAGAAGUCACUGUUGUUUCCUUAAGGGAGAUAUCUGUUUAUUUCUGUCACUCGUGAAAGUGGGAAAUUAAUGGAAUAAUUUACAGUAUAUAAAGCAAUAAUAAAAUAUGAAUACUGAUGAAAUGUUAACAAAACUACACGUGCACAUAAGAUUUAAAUGAAAUAAAAUGGUUUAACUAAACUUUCAGACUGAUAGGUCUAUGCUAGAGCUGUUUGUACCACUAUUGGAUGUGCAUUAAAAUGUGCUGAAUGGUUAAUAAGCUUAAUUAAAGGGCCUGUUUAAUAUGGACUGUUGUUAACCCUUUUUAUUUAGCUUUUUGAUAGAGUGGCACAUGUAAUUUAAGAUGCUAAUAUUUGUCUGCAUUUUUACCUGACUCAAGAGAAGUAUUAUGCUGCCGUGUUAACCUUCAGAGAGUGGCUGCUAGUGGCGCAUGAAAUGAAUAUUAUCACCAGGCUAAUGAUGUACUCUCUAAUGAUUAAUUUAUAAUGUCUGUACCUACUGGUGUAAUCAAGUGAACACCUAUUUGGGGUGACUUACUAUAUGAACUGAUCUUCAAAAGAAAGUAUACCUUUAAGAACUUUUCAACUGAAAAACAAAUAUUUUCAUAGCCAAAAAAUACUCAUCAGAACUAACAGAAUAUGACUAAAGGACAAAUCACAAAUGAUGGGGUUGCAUGACUCAGUCCUACAUUAUACUAGUAAAAAUGUUCAUUAAUACAACGCAAUUAUUUUUGUAUAGCAGAAUUUAACUCUAUAGAUUUAACAGACCCCUGUAUGAAAUCACUCUAGAAGUUGCACUUUUCUGUCCAUGGGAUUUUUCACUGAAAUCUUGUUGAUAUGAAAAUCUCUGGAUUCACCUUAAUGUACAAAGUUGUGAUGGCUUUAAUAAAAAAAAAUUACUGAAUGAUACUACUGUUUUUUAAUUUGUAACAACUCAUUGUGACCAUAGUGUGCUGAAUUAGAUAACAGAUGUGUCCUCCCAGUGUUCAAAAGCCCAAACCUCAUUUGCAUGCAAUGCUCAAUAAGUUUGACAAGGUCCUAGUAUGAUCCAUUCCUGCAUGCACUUGUUUGCUAACAUAGGAUAGAAACUAUUACUCCAAAUGCAGUGAGAUACAGAUAGCAUCGAUGGCAGGACUGGCUUUUGAUCCAAUGACCCAAAUAACUACUUUGAGGUUAUCAAUAUAUUAAAUGAGUAUUUAUCCAAGUAAAUCAUUUAUCUUCUUCUAGUAUCACAUGCAUCAUGGAAUAUAAUGCAAAUUGUCAGGACAACGCUAACAACAUUACACGUUAAAACCCUUCCACCAAUAUUUCUUUAGCUCCUCUUUCCAAGUCCCUCUCCUGCAAUACUUAAGCUAGUGUGGCUGGUCCAUCCCUAACAACUUCACGUUAAUCUAUUUUGUAAUAUACCCAAUAUAACUCCUUCUAGAUUGUACGCUUGUUUGUGCAGGGCCCUCCUCACCUGUUGUUCUGUAAGUCAAAUUGUUAUGUUAUAUACUACUUGUUAUGUCCUGUAUACCCAUUGUACAGCGCUAAGGAAUACAAUGGCGAUAUAUAAACAAUAAAUCAUAAUUUUAAACUA